AGGACUUUUAAUCAUCAAACCAGGCAAGUUGCCAGAUGCAGAUGCCUUUGGACCAAACACUGCAUCUACUGCUCGAUGCUUCACUGGAAACCGGUGUGUUUGUUUCACUCUUAGGGUCUGAUUAAUCGCUGUAAUGCUGCAGGAUGGAUUUGUGUUGAACCUUCAGCUAUGUCACAGUUCAGCCAGCAGGCGUCCUCGCGCGGCCCUGCUUGCAUGUGUCCAUUAGGAAUGGCUGGGCGUGUGGCGGUGGUUGGUGCUGGCAGCUCCGGUCUGGUUUGCAUCAAGACCUGUUUGGAGGAGGGUCUGCAGCCCGUCUGCUUCGAGAGCAGCGAUGACAUCGGUGGCCUGUGGCGAUUCAAGGAGUCACCAGAGCCAGAGAGGUCCAGCAUCUAUCGCUCCCUUGUGACCAACACGUCUAAGGAGAUGAUCUGCUUCAGUGACUUUCCCAUGCCUGCUGAGUAUCCUAACUACACGCACAACUCUCAGCUCCUGCAGUACCUCAGGCUCUACGCAGAGCACUUUGAUCUGCUCCCAUACAUUCACUUCCAGACCACAGUGAGGAGUGUUACACAGAGACCGGACUUUGCUCAGUCAGGGCAGUGGGAUGUGGUCACCGUCAGCAAUGAUGGAAAAGAGGAGAGACACGUCUUUGGGGCGGUUCUGGUGUGUUCGGGCCAUUACACUCACCCAGACUUACCCCUCUCAGACUUCCCAGGGUACGAGACCUUUUCUGGCAGAUGUUUUCACAGCUGGGAAUAUAAAGAUGCUGAUGCCUGCAAAGGAAAAAGAGUUGUGGUGGUUGGCAUCGGCAACUCUGGAGGAGACAUUGCUGUGGAGAUCAGUAGGUCUGCCGAGAAGACGUUUCUCAGCAUUCGUCAGGGGGGCUGGGUGAUCGGCAGGAUGUCCACCUAUGGUCUUCCCAUGGACAUGAUAGCUCUCACCAGGUUCAACAGCAUCAUCAUGCAGCUGCUUCCUCACCAGCUGGUCAACUGGGCAAUAGAGAGGGCACUGAACCAGAAAUGUGACCACCGACUGUAUGGGCUGAAGCCCACAUACAGGUUCUUGGAUGGAAGGGUUGUGAUUAAUGACGAUCUUCCUGGUCGAAUCUUUCAUGGGGCAGUCGUCGUAAAAGCCCAUCUGAAAGGCUUCACAGACUCUGGGGUUGUCUUUGAAGAUGGCACUGUGGAGGAUGACAUUGAUGCAGUGGUCUUCUCUACUGGUUAUAAAGCAUGCUUCCCCUUCCUGCCCAAAGCAUUGACUGGGGGGCCUCAUGGAGAGCUGACAUUGUACAAGAGACUGUUUCCUCCAUCUCUACAAUGCCACACUCUUGCUAUCAUUUCUUUAAUACAAGCGAAGGGACCAAUUAUGCCCAUGGCAGAAAUGCAGGCACGGUGGGCUGUGAGGGUCUUUAAAGGUUUGUGUCGUCUUCCAUCUAAGGAGAAAAUGUUGUCUGUCGUAGAGUCUGACAUGAAGAAGAACUUGAAAAGCCAUGCUUGUCCACGAGUGGCUGCUCUCCAGGUGAAUUACAUCCCAUACCUGGACUUUGUGGCCAAGCAGGUUGGAGUUCGACCAAACCUCCUAACGCUGCUUUGGCGGGAUCCUGUUCUCUGGGUGAAAGUUUUCUUUGGUCCCUGCACAUCGUAUCAGUACCGCCUCACCGGGCCUGGACAGUGGGCCGGUGCCAGACACGCUAUACUCACUCAGUGGGAGCGGGUUGCUCGGCCUUUCAGAACCAGACCACUACCGGAACCGGAGACCAGGCCGUCCGCCAUCUUUUCCCCUUGGCUUGUCACAUUUGGAGCAGCGGCGGCAAUCGCCCUGCUUCUGUGUAAAAAGGAGAUCCUCCCAGUUCUACAGGGUGCAGCUCAGAUAGUGGACAGGACCAAGGUUUUCCUGACAGACUGCUGCUCCUCUGUUUAACAGCUGUGGUAGAUGUUAUAUUGUUGGAUUUAACACUGUAAAAACAGUUGGUGCGUCUUCAGAGUUCACUUGGAUGUGGAUUGCGGUGUUUUACUGCUCUUUACCAGUGAUGUACAGAUUCAGCAUGGUGCACUUGCAGCCCAGUGCUGACAGUGAAUGUUUGUGAGCUUCAUAUGUGAACUUGACAUGUGUUAAACUUUGACUUUAAAAAUUAAAACAAGCUUUGUAUA